CGCAGACCGGAUUUGAGUAUUUCUAUAAAACUUCACAAAAUCCGACCACAAACAAUAAUAAAAUCAUAAGUACCAUAACAACGCAUAAACCUCCAUAUUGCAGCCAUUAACUUCACUACCAACAUGAAUGUGGUGGUACUGAACUCAUCGUCACUCCAGAACUCAUUCAUAUCCACUAUCGACCAUCUUCCUUGUGAUGUCAUACGAUCGUUAUGGCUAGUACAAUCAUGUAAUAUACAAAUAAACAAACGGAAGAUGAGACUAGAUCAAUUACUUGAGCAAUUGCAAACCAUCCCAAUAGAGGCCAAAGAUCUUCAACGAACAUUGGUGAAUCACAUGAUACAAUUGAAGUUUGAAAUAAAUCGAUUUACAGUUGAAUCCAUUAGUGAAAUACAAGCCCUCAAUAAUCAACUAAUAACUCAUAAGAUCGUGCUUACUGAUGAACUCCAACAACUACAACAAUUAUAUGAAUCUCGAUCUAACCAAAUCCGAGAUAACCACGAAGAUCUAGAGAAUUUGAGAAAGCAACUUGAUCAACAUUACAGACAACAUCCGUUGAUCUCUCAGCAAGAAGCAUUAAAGGAACAGGCUAGACUCAUUAAAGAGGCUGCCAAGAGGAAGAAAACCCCCUCAGCUCCAUCUGGAUUAAAAAUACUACUCAAAAUACCUUCGAAGAUACAAAAGCCCACCAAGCCAGAUAACAAAAGAUCGAAUAAUGUUAAGACUGUCAAGCAGAAGACUCAUCAAAAACCUGUAGUAAUAGAAGAGAUAGCUGAAGAAUUACCCUUAGUAGAAGAGGAAGAAGAGCCACAAUCAUACUGUUUCUGUAAGCAGGGGUCAUUUGGUGAGAUGAUAGCAUGUGAUAACGAGGAAUCAUGUCCAAAUGGUGAAUGGUUUCAUUAUAAAUGUGUAGGAUUAUUGAAUAGAGUAGAUGCACUAAAAUACUCUACUGGGAAACUUAAAUGGUUCUGUUCUGAUCAUUGUCGCCAGAUAGUUGAAGCUAAGGAUGCAGUGAUAGCUGAAAGAAAGAAGAAAAAGAAAAGAAGAAGAUGGUAGGGCCCGAAUUUAUAAAAGGAUAUUUCUA